GAAUCUGUUAACACCGCCAUUGACGUGAGCGACGUGUCGAACACGUGAAUACAGAUUUGUACCCUUUCCCCCUCCUGCCUUAUUGCUUCAACCCCACUGCUGCGUGCGUCGCCUUUUUCUUUCAGUUUUGUGAAGGGCUCACACGCUCUUCGUCGUAUACGAGGACGAUAAAGAGAAAAGAAGAAAAAGCUUGUGUAUUCCAACACAUCACUGGAAGAGUCGGGAACACACGCACACACACACUACCAUUACUCGCUUGCUGCCAGAAGUUUAUCUUGUGUCAGCGGCACUUUUGUUUCUUCUCUUCUUCAAUUCUUCUGUUACUGUUAUUGUUUAUUUCGCCUCUAGCGGAGUCACAUUCCUUCCUCCGUCAGACAUCGUGUCUUCCUCUUCUCUAUCUUUUGAAACUGUAUUCACUGAAAGGAACUGGCACACCUUCCUCAUUUUUCUUCCGACUUCUCCCCUCCCCUGCUCGUUUUACGCUCGCAUUUGCUGUGUACCUUCGCUUCGACACUUUCCCUCUAAGUGUUGUCUCUUGCGAUCGGUCAAGCAGCGUGACGGGCAAUCCGAUUUUGGCAAACGUGCCCACAGUGAGGACGUUUUGCAGUGGGUCUGGAGACGCGCGGCUCGCAACUGGCAACGUGUCGUUGAGAAGGACAAACACGCGCCGGCUUCUUCCCACGCGAAUCGUUAAAAGAGAAGCUCGAAAUCGUGAGGUGUGGCCACCAAGUGGUUCUCUUUUAACUCUCAGGUAAAGGUAGUCGGGAGAGUGUACCCGACGGGGUGCGUUGGCACGCGGUGCCCGGGGUCGCCUUUUUCGACAGACUCUUUUUUCUUUUCUUGUUUCGCUUUCGUCGGUUUCCCUCUCCGCUUUUUCCUGAAAAAGCAAACACCAAAUCGCCGUCCCGCUGCCUCCGUUGUCUCGUCGGUGGUGCCGCGCGACUGCGCAUUUUCCCCCUUCUUUUCUCCUCCUAUUUUGUACUUUCUUGCGGUGAAUCCAGCCGCGGUUUUUCUUCCUUCUUUUUCUCUCACUGCUGAGCAGCAAAGCUCUGUCAGUACGGCACAGUUGUCGUCGUUGCUCGCUGCGUGUCCUCGCUCUUCUGUUUCCUUUCUACCUUUUUACGCACACAGAUUCGCGGUGUGGAGUACUCCGCUCCUCACACGCGUAGGUGACGGUUGUUUUACGGCUCUGCAGCCCUGCUUCAGUCACGUACCCACGCAUGCAUACACACCCGCGAACAACUGGUUUCCCGUUUAAAAACAUCUUUGCCGAAAACUAGGUGCAGGUAGUGUCAUCCACGAUGAUGCGACGUACCAACACAAACAGUAGCACCGGCGUGAGAAGCUCGCCUUCCGGGUCGACACGCUCAACCCCCCGGCUGCGGGCGAGCUCAUCGCAGAACGCGUUUCCCGUCGCCGCCGUGAAUCUGUCAGCAGUCGCUGCCACCCGACCAGGCGUUGCACCGCCUUCUCCGUCGCUCCCCAACGCACAUGAGAAUAGCGUAGGCACCCCGCUGACGGAGGCAAAGAAGAAGAAGAAAGAGAAGAAGGAGCUGAAGGAAAAGAAAGGCCGCCCGCAAAACGCACUGUUUUCGCUGGCAAGCACCUUUAAUGGCGGCGAACCGGUGAGGGCGAACGUGGUGGAUCUGCACAGCCUAGACCCCACCGCACCGCAGCUGAUCUCCAAGCGCGGCAACGGAGCGGCGGCGGAGGACGUGCCCGCUACGCAGAUUCUUAGUUUUCUCUACCUGGGCAGCGUAAAGGAUGCGCAGGACCCCGACCUCCUCGCCAAACACGGCAUCCGCUACAUCAUCAACGUGUCACAGGAGGAGUAUUGGUCGGUGGACAAGCGGCUGCAGGUCUUCACCUUCAAGGUCGACGACACCGCCACGGCGGACAUCGCCAGUCUCUUCGAGCCUACUCGCAGCCUCAUCAACAACGUACGCGAGCGGCACUACCGCAGCGUGGCCGCCGGCAAGACCUCGCACCCGGCGGUGUUGGUGCACUGCCAAAAGGGCCGCAGUCGCUCCGCCACGAUUGUGCUGGCGUAUUUAAUCUACACCAAUGGCUGGUCCGUAGCGGAGGCGAUGAAGUACGUGGCGACGCGGCGGCCCUGCGUGGAACCGAACAUUGGCUUCAUGGAGGAGCUGCGCAAGCUGCAGGGGAGCCUGCCCUCUGAGGAGCGCACGAAGCGGUACAGCGAGCUGUGCUGGUUUAUGCGCAACUUAGACGCCCUGACGUCGGAGGCUCAGGUGCAGGAGAUGUUUGAGCUGCGCGUCGGUUUCGUGCGGGAUGUGGUGAUGCUGACGGCCCCGGCCAGCGGUUCCAGUGACGCGCAGCGCGGCACGAUCAGCGAUCAAGAACGCAGCGGAGCAGCGAGUCCCUCCCCCAGCACGACGGACAACCUUGAUGAGAGGGACAGCCCAACGAAGACGGCACCGCUCGCCGUGGGCGAUGCAGAUCCGGCUGAGACGCACGAGUCGGCGCACAUAACAUCCCCCAUUGCCGCAGCCGGCACCCCCGCCCCCACCCGUCAACGUGUCGCCCUGUGCUUCGUCUUCCUCGCUUGCCGCGAGGAUAUCCUGCGCGGUAUCAAACAAGGGCAGAUGCGCGACAUUCUUGAGCGCCUGCGUCCGGCGCCAGGGAAGUAUAUCAAGUACGCGACGGGUCCGAAGCUGCGGAAACUCAUGACGGAGCACCAGUCGAUGUCUUCGAGUUUUGCGCAGGACAUGUCACAGUUUAACGGCCCGUUGCAACACGAUGAGGACGCAACCGGCGACGUUCGCAUUAGUAACGACGCCGAUCCUGCAAACCAGGUGAAGCAAGUGUAG